GAUAAAUGUUUUAUUUUCAGCUGUGUAUCCCAGUUAUUGUGGUAAUGUGGUUGCAUCCUUUGAAUGAAUACAAAUGUGCGGUAUGCGCUUUGAGCGAAGUUCAUUCCGAGCAUGCGCAGUUCCCGACAGGCAUUUAAAAGUAAGACCGAGAGUCUUUCAACUUUGUCAAAACUUUCUUUUCAUUCGUGGCAAUUGAAUACUGUUUCCUCCAUGCAAUUAUGCUGUUCUCUUUAAUUACUGCCGCAGCCGCUGGACUUGCUGCCGUUUUGACCGUACAGAAGCUUUUUUAUCCAUACUUUUGGGAUGAUUUGAUUUAUUACAUGAAGCUUCAAAGAGUCAAGCGAAUGAUGAAGUUAAGGAUGAGACACGGAGUCAUAACUUUACUGGACUGCUUUGUACAACAGGCAAAGAAAAUUCCUAACAAGCCCUUCAUAAUCCAUGAAGGCGAUGUUUACACCUACCAAGAUAUGGACAAAAGGAGCAAUAAGGUGGCUCAGGUAUUUCUUCAGCAGGGUUCUUUGAAGAAAGGGGACAUCGCGGCUCUGCUGAUGAGCAAUGAACCAGAUUUUAUUUCUGUCUGGUUCGGACUCAGUAAACUAGGCUGUGAAGUGGCGUUUCUCAACUUUAACAUCAAAUCCAAGUCUCUGCUACACUGUUUCAACAGCUGCGGGGCUACAGCCCUCGUCGUGGGUGCAGAUUUGAUCAGUUCACUAGAAGAUGUACUGCUAACACUGCAGAAUAAUGGGAUCAACAUUUGGUUGAUGGAAAAAAGCUCUACUUUCCAAAGAGUUAAUACAAUUCUUGACAAGCUAGAACAUGCAUCAGAUGAUCCAGUACCAUUGGAUGUUAGCUCUCAAACCAACAUUAUGUCAACCUUCCUUUAUAUCUUUACUUCUGGAACUACAGGUCUUCCGAAAGCAGCUCGUAUAAGCCAUCUCAAAGCUGUGAUGUGCUUAUGUUUCUUCCAGAUGUGUGGAGCUACUUCUGAUGACAUUAUCUAUGUCACUCUUCCUCUUUAUCAUAUGUCGGCUUCCCUGUUAGGAAUUGGGGGGUGCAUUGAACUAGGCGCCGCAUGUGUCUUAAAGAAGAAAUUCUCAGCAAGUCAAUUCUGGAAUGACUGUCGCAAGCAUAACGUCACAGUUUUCCAGUAUAUUGGGGAACUUUGCCGGUAUCUGGUGAAUCAGCCAAAGGUUGCAGGGGAAAUGGAUCACAAGGUGCGCAUUGCUGCAGGAAGUGGCUUAAGGCCGGAUGUUUGGAAGGAUUUUCAUGAUCGCUUUGGAAAAAUUAAAGUUGUUGAGUCUUAUGGUUUAACAGAAGCAAGCAUCGGUUUCAUGAACUACACUGACAAAACUGGUCCAAUUGGGCGUGCAGGUUUCUUCAACAAGUGCAUUUCCCCCUUUGAUUUUGUGAAGUAUGAUCUUCAAAAGGCAGAACCAGUCAGAUCUGAUCAGGGAUACUGUGUGAAAAUCAAAAAAGGUGAAACUGGUCUAUUGAUAGUCCCUGUAACUUCGAUGAACCCGUUCCUAGGAUAUGCUGGAAAUAAGGAGCUGUCUGAGAAGAAGCUACUGAGGAAUGUCUUUGAGAAGGGAGAUGUGUUUUUUAACACUGGUGACUUCAUGAUGCAAGAUCAUGACGACUUUGUGUACUUCCGGGACAGAACAGGGGAUACGUUUAGAUGGAAAGGGGAAAAUGUUGCAACAACAGAAGUGGCUGAUAUUCUUGGUGACCUGGAAUUUCUUCAGGAAGUGAAUGUAUAUGGAGUUUCUGUACCGGGACAUGAAGGAAAGGCGGGGAUGGUAGCUGUUGUUCUCAAACCAGAACACAAACUGGAUGGAAGGCGGCUUUACAGUCAUCUAGCAGAACAUUUGCCUGCAUAUUCCUGGCCUCGAUUUGUAAGAGUCCAGGCCUCCCUGGAUGUGACUGAAACCUUUAAGCAGCAAAAAGGGAGAUUGGUGGAGGAGGGCUUCAGUCCUUCAGCUGUCAGUGAGGCUCUUUACUUCUUGGAUGAGUCUGAAAAAACCUACGUCCCCCUCACCAAAAAUCUCUUUAAUGACAUUGUGUCUGGCCAAAUAAGAUUGUGAGGCAUUCUUACAAGUUGACUUAUAUAUAUAUAUAUAAAAAAAAAGUGUCAUGUAUUUAAUCUAUAUAGCCUUAAACCCAGGAUCUUUGGCUGUGUUCACAGACUUCCCUUAAUGAGUUGCUUGAUGAUUUGUGUAGCUCACUCAAAUAUUACAAGAAUCCACAUUCUGCCAAUCUACUAUGUCUCACAACAGGUCGCUGGUAUGGUCCUGUAUCUUUUCAAGGCAAACUCCCACAUGUAUGUACUUUUACAUAGCUACAAUGGCCAAUCAGACAAUUGAGUCUAUGCAAUUGAUCUAAACAAUGGUGGCUCUUAGUACUGCUAUUGAGUUUCCUUAGUGUUUUUAUGUCAGUAAAAAUAUGUAAAAGAUCUGGGAGGAUCCUAUUUUAAUGAUUUAAAAGAUGGCGGUAGUUAAAUCCGCCACCGUUUAUAUCAAUCGAAUAGUCUUUUUUAAGAAUACCAAUAAACUUGUACGAUUAUGAUUCCAGGAAUGGGAUGCCUCUACCUUUUAAUAUUAGAAUAGGUACCAAAGGUGUAGAAAGAAGCAAUGAAAGUUCAUCUGAGUCUCUAUAUAAAUGCAUUCAAAUACCUAAGCAGCAGGUGUAACACUGAAAGUGGAUUUUACCCCAGAUUCUAGUGGGAGCACAGGCAGCUGUCCUUCAACAGUAGGUUGUUUUGGAAAAGAUUGGCCAGCUCUGUGUUUUGUCCUCCAGGUCUGUGUCUCUGCCUUACUUUUUGUCGUAGGCAUUUAUUCUGGCGAAGGAACCAGUGGCAGCGGGUUGCGCUGUCCUUUCAACUAUUUCUCCUGAUUCACAUUCCCACAAAUAUUCCUGAUCUCUCCCGUCUCCAACACAAACAUGUAAUAUGUUUUGGCCUAUCUUGACUUGGCCGGCAGUCAGUAACUACUUAACAAAGAACAGAUGAAAGUUUUACGACAUUACAUGUAAAAAAAAGUGCAGUUCUCAGCAAGAAAGUGUUAGGCAGUUAACAUGAUUGUUAUAAGUAUAUUAAAAUACUAAAAUUGUUAAAAGUACUAGAUGUUACAAACUGCAUUCUAUUUUAAGAACUAAUAAUACCAUAUAUGCUUGAUAUUGCACCCAGACUCGACUGUCCGCCCAUAUCCAUAUUAGUGUGCAGUUACUGGCCAAGGGUUAAUAAGCGACCAUGCUCUCCAAAGGGCCCCCCUCCCCCCACUGAUUUUUCCAAUGUCUUAAAAUAUUAUGCUACUUACACAAUUGAAUGAAUAAAGUAGUAUUGCCAUA